AUGAUCGAUAUUUCUCUAAAAGUCUUAACUGAUGCUGGGAAAGGAUUACUCGAUUCGAUAACAGGACUUCUACUGAUAUUCGAGCUAGAUCGAGAAGAACCUCAAACUAGUACGCCACAACUAUCGCGUCAAAAUGUGAGGACGGUUUUACAGGAACGUAGAGAGCGAAAGGGUCAGGCUCCACCGCCAAGAACGGUCGAUGAGGUGGCACCAAGAGUGAAGGCCUGGAAAAGAGUUCUACAAUGUAUUGCCAGCAACCUCAUCAUUGCCGCCACAUUGCAACUGAUAUUGAUUUUCUUACCAUGGAUUGGCGAACUCCUGCUCCCCAAAAAAUCCACAGACUACGCGAGCGUGUUAUCGUUGAUGGGAGUCUUCCCAAUGUUCCUCUUUUCACGAGUUAUCAAUAUUCUUUGGUUUUCCGAUAUCGCUGGUGCAUGCCGACGUGCUCUUCAAAUCAAAGAGUCACGGACAGUUGACUUUAGAACCUGGAUCAGCGACUUCAUCAUCGCUAUUGUCUUGGAAGUCAUCUUUCUUCUUCAAUCCGCGGCUGUCAUGCACAUACCGAUUCCUAUUAUAGCCCCAGUUCUAUCAUUUAUUCAUUUGUCCUUACUACAUUCCUUGUACAGUUUUGAAUACUUCUGGAUGGAUCGACGAUUAAUGCUUAGCAAAAGGGUAGAGAUUAUGCAAAACAAUUGGUCCUACUUUGUGGGUUUCGGCACACCACUAACAGUGGCUGCUUGGAUAUCUCCGAAUUUCGUCGUUGGUGGUUGUUUAUUUGGUGCACUCUUCCCACUCUUCAUCAUCAGCAGCUUCAAGUCUGCUGCCAAACGUUCCGAUUCGUUUUCUGAACCAAACAUUGUGCCUUCUCUCAACAUUUUCACGCCUUCACUACUAGGUAUGACGCAGCCAGCAGUCGAAGGGCUUGCCGCCGGCCUUAGCAAAGGCUACCCCAUUACCAAGUUGGAGAAUAAGCCACGACAAUGUCGUCGCAAAGGAACCAAAUCGAAGAAAGCCGUGGCUGUUCGAGAUCUCGUUCGUGAAAUCGCUGGAUUCGCCCCGUAUGAGAGAAGAGCGAUGGAGUUCCUCAAGAUCAGCAAGGACAAGAAAGCCCUGAAGUUCCUGAAGAAGCGUGUUGGAGGACACGGCCGCGGCAAGCAUAAGAGAGACGAGUUGCAAGAUGUCUUGAUCGCUAUGAGAAAGCACCACAAA